UCUCUUUCACCUCUUUUCUUCCUCUCUCUAUCUCCCACCUGCUGAUCUCUACUCGUUUCUGGUGAUCUCACCCUUUUCUUUUUUUUUUUUGUUCUGGGUGAUGACCACUAUUCCUCAGAACGUCUUGAGAUUGGUGGUUUGAUUUUGUUUUUCUCGGGAACUGUAAUCAUUUCUGUGCCUGUUUGUAUCUCGGAAUCUAUUCUUGCGUAAGAAGUUACUAUACUGCGGGAAAAAUGUCCCAGAGAUUUAAUUUUAUUGACUUGUAAUCAUUGUGAAGAAGAAAAGACUGACCAAUAUUGAACAAUGGGGACUCCAGUAAAUAUCAUUGUAGGUUCUCAUGUUUGGGUUGAAGACUCAGACGUGGAUUGGAUUGAUGGGGAGGUUGAAAAGAUCAAUGGAGAAGAAGUUGUGAUCCAAGCCACAACCGGAAAGAAGGUCACUGCAAAGUUGUCAAAGAUAUACCCAAAGGAUGAGGAAGCUCCUGCAGCCGGUGUUGAUGACAUGACAAAGCUGUCUUACUUGCAUGAACCUGGUGUCCUUCAGAACUUAAAGAUCAGAUAUGAGCUUAAUGAGAUCUAUACAUACACAGGAAACAUCCUUAUCGCUAUUAAUCCAUUUCAACGCUUGCCUCACAUCUAUGAUGCUCAUAUGAUGCAACAAUACAAAGGAGCACCGUUCGGAGAACUAAGUCCACAUGUUUUUGCUGUUGCUGAUGUUGCAUACAGGGCUAUGAUUAAUGAGGGGAAAAGCAAUUCGAUUCUUGUAAGUGGCGAGAGUGGAGCAGGAAAAACUGAAACCACUAAGAUGCUUAUGAGAUACCUUGCAUAUUUGGGAGGUCGUGCUGUUACAGAAGGAAGGACCGUUGAACAACAAGUUCUUGAAUCAAAUCCUGUACUUGAAGCUUUUGGUAAUGCAAAAACUGUAAGGAAUAACAACUCAAGUCGCUUUGGUAAAUUUGUUGAAAUACAAUUUGAUAAGCAAGGAAGAAUAUCUGGAGCUGCUGUAAGGACCUAUCUUCUAGAGAGGUCUCGUGUGUGUCAAAUCUCUGAUCCGGAGCGCAAUUACCACUGCUUCUAUCUUCUCUGUGCCGCACCGCAGGAGGAGAUUGAGAAGUACAAGCUUGGCCAUCCAAAGACCUUUCAUUAUCUGAACCAAUCCAAAUGCUACGAGCUUGUCGGUAUAAGCGAUGCUCAUGAUUAUCUUGCGACAAGGAGAGCUAUGGAUAUUGUCGGAAUUAGCGAAAAGGAACAGGAAGCAAUUUUCAGGGUGGUUGCUGCAAUUCUUCACAUUUGAAACAUCGAUUUUACUAAGGGAAAGGAAGUGGACUCAUCAGUACCAAAGGAUGAUAAGUCGAAGUUUCAUCUUAAGACAGCAGCGGAACUUCUCAUGUGUGAUUUAAAAGCUCUUGAAGAUGCAUUAUGUAAACGUGUUAUGGUCACUCCUGAGGAAGUUAUUAAGAGAAGUCUUGAUCCACAGAGUGCUGUCACUGGCCGUGACGGUUUCGCUAAGACAGUCUAUUCUCGGUUGUUUGAUUGGUUGGUAGACAAGAUUAAUAAGUCGAUUGGACAAGAUGCCAAUUCUAGAUCUCUAAUUGGAGUUCUGGACAUUUACGGAUUUGAGAGCUUCAAAACUAACAGUUUUGAACAGUUCUGUAUUAAUUUCACUAAUGAGAAGUUGCAGCAACAUUUCAAUCAGCAUGUUUUCAAGAUGGAACAGGAAGAAUACACAAAAGAAGCAAUAGAUUGGAGCUACAUUGAGUUUGUGGACAAUCAAGAUGUUCUUGAUCUUAUAGAAAAGAAGCCUGGUGGCAUUGUUGCUCUCCUCGAUAAAGCUUGUAUGUUUCCAAAAUCAACACACGAAACAUUUGCAAACAAGCUAUAUCAGACUUUUAAGGCUCACAAGAGGUUCAUCAAACCAAAACUCUCUCGAACCGAUUUUACCGUUGCCCAUUAUGCUGGAGAAGUUCUCUAUCAGUCUGAUCUAUUUCUUGAUAAAAACAAGGACUAUGUGAUCCCUGAACACCAAGAUUUGUUGGGAGCUUCCAAAUGUCCUUUUGUGGUCGGUCUUUUCCCUCCACUCCCUGAAGAAACGUCCAAGUCUUCAAAGUUUUCAUCCAUUGGUUCUCGUUUCAAGCUGCAACUUCAACAACUUAUGGAAACACUAAAUUCUACGGAGCCUCAUUACAUCAGAUGUGUGAAGCCUAACAAUCUCUUAAAGCCUGCCAUAUUUGAGAAUGUGAACAUCAUGCAGCAGCUCCGAUGUGGUGGUGUUUUGGAAGCGAUUAGAAUUAGUUGCGCAGGGUAUCCAACUCGUAAACCUUUCUUUGAGUUCAUAAAUCGUUUUGGACUUCUAUAUCCUGAGGCUUUAGAAGGGAGCUACGAUGAGAAAGUCGCAUGUAAAAAGAUCUUGGACAGCAUGGGACUAAAAGGAUACCAGAUUGGUAAAACAAAGGUUUUCUUGAGGGCUGGUCAGAUGGCUGAGCUCGACGCUAGGAGAACAGAGGUGCUUAGUGGUGCUGCGAAAAAAAUACAGAGACGAACACGAACUCAUCAGGCUCAGAAACGGUUUAUUGUUCUGAGAAAGGCCACGAUAUCGCUCCAAGCUCUAUGUAGAGCAAGACUUUCCUGCAAACUAUUUGAAAAUCUGAGACGAGAAGCUGCUGCUGUGAAGAUUCAGAAGAAUGGUCGGAGAUAUUACUCUAGAAAAUCGUACAAAAAGCUCCAUGUGUCUGCUCUUUCCGUACAGACUGGUUUAAGAGCAAUGGCUGCUCGUAAGCAAUUCAGAUUCAGGAAGCAAACAAAGGCUGCCACUAUUGUUCAGGCUCAGUGGCGUUGUCACAGAGCAACAACGUACUACAAGAAGCUUAAAAAUGGAGUAAUCAUAUCUCAGACAAGAUGGAGAGGAAGACUUGCUAAGAGAGAACUUAAGAAGCUCAAAAUGGCUUCAAGGGAAACAGGAGCAUUUAAAGAGGCAAAGGAUAUGCUUGAGAAGAAAGUUGAGGAACUCACAUACCGUGCCCAGUUGGAGAAACGUCUGAGGGGUGAUUUAGAAGAAGCAAAGACUCAGGAGAUAACAAAACUUCAGAGUUCGUUGGAGGAAAUGAAGAAGAAAGUGGAUGAAACAAACGCAUUGCUUGUGAAGGAACGCGAAGCUGCAAAGAAAGCCGCUGAAGAAGCUCCUCCUGUUAUACAAGAAACACAAGUUUUAGUUGAAGAUACUAAGAAGAUUGAGUUGAUGACUGAGGAACUGGAGAGUGUAAAGGCUACUCUAGAAAACGAGAAACAGAGGGCUGAUGAUGCAGUGAGAAAGUUUGAAGAAGCUCAAGAGUCCCUCGAUGAAAAAAAGAAGAAACUGGAAGAGACAGAGAAGAAAGGUCAGCAACUCCAAGAAUCUCUGACAAGGAUGGAGGAAAAGUGCACCAACUUGGAAUCGGAGAAUAAAGUCUUAAGGCAACAGGCUGUCUCCAUGGCUCCGAAUAAGUUCCUCUCUGGACGCUCAAGGUCCAUUUUACAGAGAGGUUCAGAGAGUGGUCAUCUAGCAGUGGAUACAAGGUCAAGCUUGGAUCUUCACAGCAACUCAAUGAACCACAGGGAUCCAUCAGAAGUUAAUGAUAAACCACAAAAAACAUUAAACGAGAAGCAGCAAGAGAAUCACGAGCUGCUUAUCCGCUGCAUCGUUCAACCUUUGGGUUUCAAAGGGAACCGACCUAUCACAGCAUGUAUCAUAUACAAAUGCCUACUGCAAUGGAGGUCGUUUGAAGUUGAACGGACCAGUGUCUUUGAUCGCAUUAUCCAGGCUAUAGGCCAUGCUAUUGAGAGUCAAGAUAACAACAAUACAUUGGCUUAUUGGUUAUCAAAUGCCUCGACACUCCUCUUACUUCUCCAACGCACGCUUAAAGCUAGUGGUGCAGCUGGGAUGGCUCCACAGCGUCGCCGUUCGUCUUCUGCCAGUCUAUUUGGAAGGAUGACUCAGAGCUUCCGCGGAACACCACAAGGUGUGAAUUUUGCAAUGAUAAACGGUGGUGCGGGAGGUGGAGCGGAUACGUUAAGACAAGUUGAAGCAAAGUACCCGGCUCUGCUGUUUAAGCAGCAGCUCACAGCUUAUGUUGAAAAGAUAUACGGAAUGAUUCGGGACAACUUGAAGAAGGAGAUUUCUCCACUCCUUGGAUUGUGCAUUCAGGCGCCAAGAACAUCUAGGGCAAGUUUAGUGAAAGGAGCAUCUCGUUCCGUAGCCAACACGCCAGCUCAUGAAGCUCUGAUCGCUCACUGGCAAGGAAUUGUGAAGAGCCUUACAAACUUCCUCGAUACUUUGAAAUCAAACAAUGUUCCUUCGUUCUUGGUGUGUAAGGUGUUUACACAGAUAUUCUCAUUCGUCAAUGUUCAACUGUUUAACAGUCUUCUGUUGAGACGUGAGUGUUGUUCAUUUAGCAAUGGCGAGUAUGUCAGAGCUGGCUUGUGUGAAUUGGAAAACUGGUGUUUUAAGGCAACAGAUGAGUAUGCGGGUACUUCGUGGGAAGAGUUAAAGCAUAUAAGACAAGCCAUUGGGUUUCUGGUAAUACACCAAAAACCAAAGAAAACUCUCGAUGAGAUCAGUCAUGAUCUUUGCCCGAAGACUCGAACAAUGCUGUUAGCAACUCUUUCCUUUUGGAUGACGACUCAAGCAUUCCAUUCUCGGUUGAUGAUUUAUCAAAGUCGAUGGAGAGAUUUGACAUUGCUGAUAUCGAACCGCCACCUUUAAUCCGGGAGAAUUCUGGAUUUAGCUUUUUAUUUCCCGUCGCUGAUUAAUCCUUAUCUCUGCCAACGAAAACCAAAGUUAGCUCUAGUGUCUUCUUCCUCCCUUACCAAAGUUAGGUCGCUUGUGACUCAAGUAAUAUUAACUUUAUAAAUUCUUGAAGGAGAUUAUACAUAAAUUCUUGAAGGAGAUUAUACAUUCUUCUGUUCAGUCUACUACAUCCACAUUCGUCAUGUGACUUGUGUCUUAAUGUUCGUUUUGAAUUAUUCCUCUCUGAAAGUUGUUGAAUGUUUAGCAACCGACUCUUGUUCUU